GUUCGGCUAAUCGACUUCGACUAGAGCCGACGACUGACUAUUGGGCAUCAGUCAACUCUCUCUCUCUCUCUCUCAAAGAAUUUUCGUUGUGUUCUUCUGUUGUUUUCUCCAACUGUGCACGCAGUGCCAUUUUAUUCUUUUUACACUUCCCCCCGUCCCUCUCUCUCUCUCUACCAAUCCAGGAUCCAGCCUCUCCCGAUUCCAAAGCAAAAAAAAAACAAGCACAACAACAAAACCCUAAUUCCAGAACUUAUCGAGCUACUAGUUCCUUCGCUGUUUUACGGGGCUAUAGCUUCUACCUUUCAGUGACAGAAUAUGGCGUGUCGCCGCAUGAGAAUUGAGCUUCGGCGAUAAGUCCCUGAAGUUUGAAGAAUUCACUCUAAGGUACUUACUAUUCGAUGGCUGAAAGCUGGGAUGGAAGUACUGAUCCUGGUAGCCAGUCCGAUGAGAGCUAUCACUUUGAGAGACUACACAUAGAGCCCAUUUAUGAUGCAUUUAUAUGCCCUUUAACUAAACAAAUCAUGCACGAUCCAGUUACCUUAGAAAAUGGACAAACCUUUGAGCGGGAAGCGAUUGAAAAGUGGUUUACAGAGUGCAGGGAGAGCAGAAGAAAGCUGGUUUGCCCGUUGACGCUAAAAGAACUAAGGAGCACAGAAUUAAAUCCAAGUCUAGCGCUAAGGAACACCAUUGAAGAAUGGAAUGCCAGGAAUGAAGCUGCUAAACUUGAUAUGGCUUGCAGGUCUCUAUCUCUGGGCGGUGCAGAGAGUGAAAUUCUACAGGCUUUAAUGUUUGUUCAGCACCUCUGCCAAAAAAGCCGGUCAAAUAAACAUGUCAUUCGUAAUGCAGAGCUGAUACCUAUGAUUGUUGACAUGUUGAGGAGCAGUAGUCGUAGAGUCCGCUGUAAAGCUUUGGAAACUCUUCGAAUUGUGGCAGAAGAAGACUCUGAUAAUAAGGAAAUAUUGGCUGAAGGGGACACUGUGAGGACCAUCGUUAAGUUCUUGUCUCACGAGCAAUCCAAAGAGAGGGAAGAGGCUGUUGCUUUGCUGUUUGAGCUCUCCAAGUCCGAAACUUUGUGUGAAAAGAUUGGUUCAGUUAAUGGAGCAAUUCUUAUAUUGGUUGGAAUGACCAGCAGCAAAUCAGAAAAUCUUUUGACUGUUGAGAAUGCUGAUAAAACGCUGGAGAAUCUGGCAGUUUGUGAGAGUAAUGUUCGACAGAUGGCUGAAAAUGGUAGAUUACAACCUCUUCUGACGUUACUCCUUGAAGGCCCACCAGAAACUAAGCUUUCCAUGGCUUCGUACCUCGGUGAGCUGGUUCUAAACAACGAAGUGAAAGUCUUUGUCGCCAGAACUGUUGGCUCAUCACUAAUCAAUAAUAUCAUGAUAAGUGGUAACAUCCAGUCCAGAGAAGCCGCUCUAAAAGCAUUAAAUCAGAUAUCAGCAUUCGAGGCAAGUGCCCGGAUUUUGAUAGAGGCAGGUAUACUUCCCCCUCUCGUCAAGGACCUAUUCACUGUUGGCAUGAAUCAGCUCCCUAUGCGACUGAAGGAAGUUUCUGCGACGAUUCUCGCCAAUUUAGUCAACUCGGGUUAUGAUUUUGAUUCCAUUCUGGUGGGGCCCGACCACCAGACUCUCGUGUCGGAAGACACAGUUCAUCACCUACUACAUCUUAUUAGCAAUACUGGUCCCGCGAUAGAAUGCAAGCUUCUCAACGUUCUUGUUGGUCUAACCAAUUCUUACACCACUGUCUUAAGUGUUGUUGCCGCCAUUAAAAGCUCUGGUGCUACCAUAAGCUUGGUUCAAUUCAUCGAGGCUCCACAGAAGGAAUUACGUUUGGCUUCCAUUAAACUCCUCCAGAAUCUCUCUCCACACAUGGGUCAGGAAUUAGCUGACGCUUUACGUGGCACAGCUGGCCAGCUUGGAACCCUAAUCAAAAUCAUAUCAGAAAACAUUGGAAUAACAGAAGAGCAGGCAGCAGCAGUGGGGCUUUUAGCAGAUUUGCCGGAGAGGGACGUGGGCCUGACUCGCCAGAUGCUAGAUGAAGGUGCUUUCCAGAUAGUCAUUUCCAGAAUCGUCAAGAUUCGGCAGGGUGAGACUAGAGGCAGCCGUUUUGUCACACCCUAUCUAGAAGGGCUUGUUCGCAUUCUUUCUAGGGUUACUUUUGUCUUGGCUGACGAGCCUGACACACUCAUGCUCUGCCGCGAGCAUAAUCUUGCUGCGGUCUUCACCGAUCUGCUUCAGGCUAAUGGACUUGAUCACGUACAAAUGGUUUCUGCCAUUGCUCUAGAGAACUUAUCCCAACAAUCGAAGAAUUUGACAAAGCUGACGGAGUUUCACCUUAAACCGAGUCUUAGUGCAAUUCUCUUUCCGUGUUGCCACAAACCGCCUGUCAUAACAGGAUUGUGUAGGGUCCACCAAGGGACUUGUUCGUUGAAAGAAACAUUUUGUCUCUUGGAAGGGCAAGGUGUGGAGAAACUGGUGGCUCUUCUAGACCACACUAACGAGAAGGUUGUUGAGGCUUCGCUUGCUGCAUUGUCGACUUUGUUAGAUGAUGGGGUGGAUAUUGAGAAAGGGGUGACGGUAUUGUGUGAGGCUGAGGGAAUCAAGCCUAUAUUGGAUGUGUUACAAGAGAAUCGCACAGAGAAUCUCCGACGCAGGGCAGUUUGGGUUGUUGAGAGACUUUUGAGGACCGAGGACAUAGCUUAUGAAGUUUCUGGCGAUCCAAAUGUGAGUACAGCACUUGUUGAUGCUUUCCAGCACGGAGACUACCGAACGCGACAGAUUGCUGAGUGUGCAUUGAAGCAUGUUGAUAAGAUACCUAACUUCUCGGGGAUCUUUCCAAACAAGGGAUGAGCCUCCUCUGAAUGCUUCGCUUUGCGUUUGUUGCUGCAUUUUCCCCUUCUUUGUCAAGGCGUUUGGUCUGAAUCUAGUAUCUUGGCUUGUCGACGAUCACGGGGAAGGCGGAUUAUGUUGUUCUGUUUUAUAAAUUUGUAGAGGGUUUUACAAACUGUCCAUUUGUUCUUAUUAAUUUGGUUGGGUUAAUCAAGGGUUUCAUAUGCUGUACUUUCUUUUGAGUGGUUUUGUACAUUUUUUAAAUUUUAUUUUUGUAUUUUUUCAGAUCGGGAAUAAACAGAUUUUGAACAGAAGAUUCA